ACCGACUAAUAAUAAUAACGGAUGAAUAUUCAACAACAUCGUCACGGAUAGUUGAAUAAUAAUGGUUUUUGUUGGGCUUGGUCCUAUCUAGCUUAUGCCACUGCAGGGACCGUCUCACUAUAUCUAGCGCCCGCUCGGACACAAUCACAAGCCAAUUCAGAACAACCCCAACCCCGGCUGCAAUAAUUCCUUCCCGCAUUCCAUGUACUGAGCGAUUUGUUCAAUCCAUUGUUGGCUGAAUUACAAGCCAUAAUGGACGACAGGCACUCGACAAGCACAUAUCGUGCAGACGAUGGUCUGCGUGAGAGAAAUGUUGCCUCUCAGCAGGCUGCUCUCAACGCUGGCCGAGCAGUUCUCGCAAACAUGGCCGAGGGAGAGGUAAAGGACGAAGAAGGAAAAGACAAGAAGACCUUUGGACGAACACCGGAUGGAACAGUCUUUACUGUCCCUCAGACGCAUGACAUGGUCACUCAGUUAUUAUCACCUUCGGAACCGAAGAACCUGUCGGAUCUGGUUGUUCUUUUGAUUCUCGGUCUUCAUUUCGCCGGCCUCUGGCUUCUUCCGUCAUCCGCCAGAGUCCCAGUAUUCGCGGCCGUGUACCUUUUCUGGCGCGCCUGCUACAAUGCUGGGAUCGGUUGGUUGCUUCACAAUCAAUCGCAGCACAAGACAUUGGUCCGUUGGGCGGCGAAAACGAAGAUAUUCGUAAACCCGGCCACCGGGAAGAACCCACAUCCAGAACUCUACAAGCUCAUCAAGCGUGAAUUGGAGAUCAAGAUCCCCAAAGAUUACUCCUUCGAUGACGCGCCACUGGAGUAUAACACCUGGCUUGUAUUUAGACGUCUCGUGGAUCUGAUCCUGAUGUGUGACUUUGUCUCGUACUGCCUCUUCGCUUUAGCUUGCAGCGGCCGCCCUGCUAAUGAGAGUCUGCUCAUGGGUACUGUCCGGUGGGCCUCUGGCAUCAUUAUCGUACUGUUCAACCUUUGGGUCAAAUUGGAUGCUCACCGGGUCGUCAAGGAUUACGCAUGGUAUUGGGGUGAUUUCUUCUACCUCAUCGACCAAGAACUGACAUUCGACGGGGUCUUCGAAAUGGCCCCCCAUCCGAUGUAUUCCGUCGGAUAUGCUGGCUAUUAUGGUAUUUCUUUGAUGGCCGCGAGCUACAAAGUGCUCUUCAUCUCCAUUAUCGCCCAUGCAGCACAAUUCGCCUUCCUGGUACUCGUGGAGAACCCUCAUAUCGAGAAAACGUACAACCCCCCAGCUCCCCGAAAGCGAAGUACGGACCACGGAACUAUUUCUACAGUAUCGCACGAGUCGGCUAUCCCUAACGCGCCAUCAGCCACUGCCGACCCUGCACCCAUAGUACCUACUUUCACUCCUAAGCAACCCCCAUUGACCCACAAUCUCUUGGGCCUACGCAACCUGGACCUGUAUCGGACCACGGAUUCGUCCAUCAUCCUCAUCCAACUUCUGUUGUUAACUCUGACUGCUGUGACGCCCUCAACCCCGGUUUACCAGUUCUUUUUUGUGCUUAAUGCUGCCCUUUGGAGAAUCUGGUACUCGGGUGGGAUCGGGUAUGUCCUGAACCAACAAUCGAACAGUAAGGCGUGGACCCGUCACUUCGUGAAGUAUGGCGAAACUCCCGAGGAAGCAUGGCGCCAAUGGAAAGGCACGUAUCAUCUGAGUAUGACCAUGUGCUAUGCUAGCUUCAUCGCUGCCUGCUGGAAGAUGUACUCUCUCCCGCCGGACUGGGGCUAUGGCCUAGCGCUCUUGAAACACGUUCUCGGGGCCGGUAUGAUUGCUCUCCAGAUUUGGACGUCAGUCAGCAUUUACGAUUCACUCGGUGAAUUCGGCUGGUUCUUCGGGGAUUUCUUUUUCGAAGCGCCCCGAAAGCUGACUUAUAGUGGCAUCUACCGCUUCCUAAACAAUCCGGAGCGUGUCCUAGGCCUGGCCGGUGUCUGGGGAGCUGUGCUCAUCACAGGAAGUAGAGUGAUUCUUGUCCUUGCCAUAAUCAGCCACAUUCUAAGUUUGGCCUUCAUUCAGCUGGUCGAGCGUCCCCACAUGCAGAAGCUAUACGGGCGCAGUUUGCGACGUGAUGCCGGUCUGGUCAAGAGCCUGAAGCGUAGUCUGCCCCCGUCCCUCCAGCAGUUGCAUGGAAGUGUGGAUAAGAUCUUUGAUGAAUCUUUCGAAAUCGUCGAAGAUCUACUCGAGGCGGCUCGGCCCAAGCUAGCCGCGGGCGUUAGUACGUUUGUCAAAGAUACAACCGCCCUCUUUCAGAAAUACCCUGCCCGCAUCACCAUCUCUCGUCUCGACGCUGAUCUGGCUGGCUAUGACCAGCGAGACUAUACCUUGACCGUUGAAGGCACCGAAGUGUCUUCAGGAGCCGAGCAUGAGCAUCGCAGCGGUAGAGAGGGUGUUAACGCCCGCAUGCCUCUUGAUAGACGAGGUGAACAGAAGAAUCUAGUCUUCCAAUACGGAGCUCCGAUCAGGGUCAAGUGGACUGCCCCCUUAAACCACAGCAAGAACGACUGGGUCGGAUUGUAUAUGGUCACCGACAACACGUCUCGCGAAGUCACCAGAGUGUCAUCUCAAGGCCGCUGGAUUGCAACGAACUGGGGCACCUUUGACUCCGUCACCUGCGAAGAAGGGAUCAUCAGCAGCGAUGUUGUGAUUCCAGCAUCGGAAAUUCAUGACGGUGAGAAUCAUGAUCUCGCGUCUGGUGAGAUGGUCUUCUCGGGCGACAAGCUCUGGUGGACACAGGGUGUUUUCGAAUUCAGGUACCACCACAACGGCAAGCACAACGUUAUGGCCAUCUCGAGACCUUUUGAGAUCAGUAUUAGUCGCUUUACCGAAGACGAAAUUGAAGCAGAUCAGCAUGGCAUGGUUCAAACAGCAGUGGAGAAUGCCUUACUGCCUGUCGUCCGCAAUUGUUUCGACCGCAACCCCGAUAUUGCGCCGGAGACUGUUGAUGAGCAGUACGGUAGUCUAGUUGAGCGCGACGGCAAAUAUGCAAAGAGAGUGGUCUUCGCAGUUCGCCAGAUGUUCGGUGUCGAGUUCGCACCGGAAGUCGUCCGCGCCGAUGGCAAUGUCCGCAAUCUAGCAUGGAGGAUAUGCAACGCGAAGAAAGUCCUGGCUCCCUACAGCAUGACGCGGUCCAACGGAACGACCACGCCAACUGAAGAGAAAAAGGAACCCCUGCUGGAGUGAAAUAUCAGCAGACCCCCCAGAAUCCGUUUACAGUAAGCAUUAUUUAUUUCACAGAUGUGAGCUAGUUCAGUAGGAACUUUCUCCGGCCCUCUCCAAUAGCAAAACCGCAUCAAAAAAGAAAAGAAUAUGCAUGGGCCGGGCUCGGGCGGCAGUCUAUCAAUAGAGGGGUAUCAUUAUAUUUGCAUACGACUGGAAUUUUUUUUUAGCCCCAUUCCCUAGCUUCUUGCCAUGCAUGAAAGAAAUGAAUUAAAAAAAUGAAGUGGAUUGUGUCUCAGAAGAAAAAAAGUGGGAUGAGUUGAUGACCCGUUCUCGUUGUGUGGAGGAUCGAUUUUAGUUUGCUAUUUUUUAUUUUGUUUUAAAUCUGGCCACAUGUGAAUACCCUAUAGCCAUAGUACGGAUCAUUAUUUGUUCUGUACCUUGUACAUAGCUUCCAUAAGACAUACAUAAGGAGUAUCAUCAUGAAAGCAAUAGACUAGGGAUAUGCAUAG